AUGUUGCAUCUACUGCUGCACCAAAGAGAAGAAAGCAACUUGAUAAAAGGAAAAAAUCUCCCACUCCUCCAUAACAGAGUGAAGGCGAACGUUCUGAAUCCGAAUCCGAUUCCACCCCCGACUCAUGAGGUAACUCCACCACUCAAUGAUUAUGUUCCUUCUCCUCCUUCCUCCCUAAAAAAAACCACCUUUACACCAAUUACUAUUAAAUCUUGUCCUCCUCCUGUUUCAUCUCAACCACCAACAUCUAUUCCAGUUUCAAUCCUUAUCUUCACAGAAUGCACCAUUCCACCCCAAGCCUCUAGUGCACCUAUAAGUUCAGUUAAUGUAUCUGAUAUGGGGGCUAACGCUUCAGGUUUUUCAAGCCAUUUUACUCAACCCAUCUCUUCCAUUCGCAUCGAUGACCCAGACAUUAUUUUCGGAGAUGAUGAAGAUGAUAUGGGCGAAUUCACUUACAUUCCUUUUCAAAUAAGGAUUUAUAGUGAAGAUGAAGCCUCUGCUAGGGGGAACUCAAAUCUCUUCAUGAGAAGAUCAACUAGUUGA